AUGCACUCAGCUACUCUCCUUGCUCUUCUUGCUCUGGCUGCUGGAGCAUCUGCGCAAUGCUUCGGAGGAGGUUGUGGAGGACCAAUCUUCCUCCCACCACCACCAUGCUUUGGAGGAAACUGUGGAUGUUCGGGAAACAAUUGUGGACCACAGGUCACUGUUGUCCAGGUCCCGAAUAACAACAACGGAUGCUCAUGCAGCCCAUGCUCCGGACCAAUCUGUGCUCCAAUGUGCAACAGUUGCCCACCACCACCACCAAUCUUCAUCCAACGGAGCUCAUGCUGUAAUCAGAACAACUUCUCGUGCUGCCCAUUCCGAUUCCGUCGUCAUAAUACUGCUGCUGAAACCAUCGAGGAGGCUACGACCGCUGCUCCAACUCAAGAGUAA